AUGGUGAUUUACUAUUUCUUUCUUUGUUCGUCGAGAAAGAAAAGGAAAGAAAUUCAGUUGAUCACACUGGCGAAUUCUGUUAUGCAAGUGUCAUAUGCUACUCUCCUAAAAGCUACUGAUGGGUUCUCUUCCGCUAAUAUGAUUGGUGCAGGCAGUUUUGGGUCUGUGUACAGAGGAAUUCUCGAAGGUGAUGAUAAAGCCCAGCUUGUUGCUGUGAAGGUGUUCAACUUGUUACGACAUGGAGCAUCGAAGAGUUUCAUAGCCGAAUGUGAGGCUCUAAGAAAUAUCAAGCAUCGAAAUCUUGUCAAGAUUAUUACUGUGUGUUCAAGUGUUGAUUUUCAUGGUAAUGAUUUCAAGGCUCUAGUUUAUGAGUACAUGGACAGAGGAAGCUUAGAGGAGUGGCUGCAUCCUCCUAUUGAAAUUGAAGAGGUAAGGGAGGCACUCAAUCUAGAGCAAAGACUAGACAUUGCCAUUGAUGUUGCUUGUGCAUUGGAUUAUCUUCAUAAUCAUUGCGAAACACCAAUAGUUCAUUGUGAUCUCAAGCCAAGCAAUGUUCUUUUGGAUAACAAGAUGACUGGACAUACAAGUUCCAUUGGAUUAAGAGGAACGGUUGGUUAUGCUGCUCCAGAGUAUGGUAUGGGAAGUGAGGUGUCAACAAAUGGGGAUGUCUACAACUUUGGCAUUCUCUUGUUAGAGAUGUUUACGGGGAAGAGGCCCACCGACAACGUGUUCAAUGGAGACUUAAACCGUCACACUUAUGUCAAGAGGGCUUUGCCUGAGCAAGUUAUGGAGAUUGCAAAUCCACCACUUUUUGAAGGAAACACCAACAAAACUCAAUGUGGUGCAGGAGUUAAAGAAAUUGAGAGACGUUCUCCUUGGAUAGAAACUUUUAUGUGCUGCCUGGGAAAUACUCUUGCUGCUGCUGCUACUUCUAUUGGUGUAUUUGGGCCUGGAGCCCCGCAAAUGUGA